CUAAGAAAACCAGCCGAGAAUAAUCGUUAUUGCUGCGCAGUUGUUGUUUUUUCAGACGUGUCAAUUGUUUGUCUAAUUGUGCCAGCCAACGACGCCGAAACGCCAUCAAAUUGCGAAAACUAAAUAAGUAAAUUAUGCGCACAUGCGCAGAAAUCGAGAAAAGUCAGCAUUCCAGCGCACAAAGGUGAACCCACCACCCACGAAAAUCGCAAUACUAAGCUGCGGCGGAGGAGGGGCUGGACUCCACUUUUCCAGGGAGAAAGCGAGAAUCCGAGAGAGAAGACUCCAGCUCAGUAUUUGAGCCAUCGCCAUUCCGUUGCUCCGUCAGUUUUCAGAGGACCUUCGAAGUGGGCAGCCGAGAAUCCAAAAACUCCUGGCGACCAAAUACCAAAUAACAAAAAAGAACCCAAUAAAGCAAAAAAUCCAGUUGGCAGAGAAAAGCAAAAGCUCAAGUGGUAAUUGGCACCGAAUCAAAUUACUUUAGUUGUGCAAAAGGCAAAAAAGGCGAAAAGCCAAUAAAACAAACUCGAGAGUGGCAGUGGCGUGUGUCCAUGUGGAAAAUCGAUCGAAUCGUAGAGUAUUUAUCGUGUAAUUGUGCCCAAUAGCCAGGCAAUUCGCAGACCGUUUUAUUGAUUUUCCCCACCGCCGCCUCGCCAAGUUGCAAAUAAAACCCACAUUUUCCCUUCCCACUUGACGACGCAUCAUCUUCCAUGCCAUCUUGCAGCGCGUGCAAAUUGCAAGUUAAAUGCGAGAAUUUACAUAACGCCGAGCGUUGUUGAAAGUGAAACUUCUGUGGUGCGAACGAAACACUGAAAGAAAGAAAAACCUAUUACAAAAUACCAUACAUAUCUGCCUCUGUCCAGUGUAGUGAAACUUGGAGCGCAAGGAGCGGGAGAGCAGCAGCAGCAGCGAGAGACUGAGAGAGAGAGAGAGCCGACCGUGCGCACGUCUUCCUGGUCAGGACACACACACACACAUCGACUCCCACAGCCACAGCCACACCACUAAUCCUUGACAGCGAAAGGAGCCAAAGGAGCAGCAGCAGCAGCAGAAGCAGCAGGAGCAGAAGCAGCCAACAUGUUUUCGGGCCUAACAAAUCAAUUUACCUCGCUGGUGGGCGCCGUGAAGGGCGGCGCUGGCGACGAGGAUGUGCCCGCGCCCACAGGAGAGGCGGCCGCAGCCGCUCCAGCAGCGGCCUCCACAUCCUUGGAGGCCACCUCGUCGGCAGCCGUGGAUCCGGAGGCAGCUGCCGCCGCCGGCGCUGAAGGACUGGAGGGCGAGGAAGCUGGCAAGAGACUUCCCAAAUCCGCCUCCCUGGUUGAUUCAUUAGUCACCGAAGCCACCGGAUGGUUGGGCAGUGCCAAGGGUUGGCUGGGAAACGCCUCGAUACCGUCGAUGCCAGCCAUGCCGUCGAUGCCAUCGAUGCCAGCUAUGCCAGCCAUGCCGUCGAUACCAUCGAUUCCGGGACUGCGCAAAGCCGGAGGCGCCGAGGGAGCCGAGGGCGCCGAGGGAGCUGCAGCCGGAGAGGGCGGGGCCGCCGCCGGUGGAGCCGUGAGUGGUGGCGAGGAUGACGACAAGUCGAGGUAUAUUAGCGCCACGGAGGGCGCCGACUCGCAUCCUGCAUCGGGCGGUGGCACGCCCACCGGCGACGAGGGUCAAAUCGGACAGGGUAAGGGCGAUGAAGUCAAAAUUACCACAAAAGUAACACAACAAGCCAAACACUUUGGAUCCUUCUUGUCAUCGGCCAUCAGCAAGGCUGGCACCAAAAUCAAGGAAACAGUCAAGGAUAAUACCAUUCUCGACUCGUUCAACAAGGAGCAGGAGGCCUUCAUCAAGGGCCAGGGCGGCGUGGGCAAUGGGGCAGCACCCUGGAUCGGGCAUGCCAACGAGGCCAAGAUCAAGGAGGAGAUCCUGGGCCUGUCGCAGGACCGCCGCAACUUCGUGCGCGCCCCGCCCGCCGGCGUGGACUUUGAGUUUAGCUACGACACCGCCUAUCCCACGGCCAUAGCCAUUAUGGCCGAGGACAAGGCGCUCGAGACGAUGCGAUUCGAGCUGGUGCCCAAGAUCAUCACUGAGGAGAACUUUUGGCGGAAUUACUUCUACCGCGUCUCACUGAUCAUCCAGGCCGCCGAGCUGGGCACCCUGGGCGCCGAUGGCGUGGGCCAGGCCUCCAGCGGCGAAGAUGCCAACGAAGUGGCCAAUAAAGAGAGCACAUCCAAGACUGUCGAACCAGCCAAGAGCGAUUCCAGUCUGAAAGCCAUAGCCGAGCAGCCAAAGGCCGUGAUAGAGCCGGAGGUCCAGGAGCCCCAUGGGGCAGUCAAGUCGAAGGCUCGUGCUGGCAAAGAGCUGGGCCAGAAGAUCUCCGAAUCGGAAUUCGUUUCGGACGACUUUCAGGCCUCCAGCGAAUCGGACUUGGCUGAAAUCCAAGACGGCAUGCGCAAAUUGGGCAUUGAUAGCAUGACCCAACUGGCACUAGCCACGACUGAUGAGGAACAAUGGGAAAAGGAUCUGUUAGCUGAACUCAAGGACUACGAGGUGGUCGACGAAGGCGGCACUGGCGGCGGCGGCGGCGGCGGAGUAGGACGCAGAAAAGGCAAAAAGGAUGCCCAGGACGAGGCAGGGGCGGAUGCGGAGGAGGACGAACCGACAAUAUCAAACUUGCGCACACGCUCGACUAACAACGAUUGGGAGGAGUACGCAGAUUUAAUUGAGGAUACCGAUGAUUUAAAGUAAUUAAGAGCUUAUAUCGUAGUUUCUUCUAAGUUGGCUCUAAGUUUAUAACAAUCUUUACUUUAUCUUUCUUUUCAUUCCUUUCCACCCUUGUUUCGUCCUUGAUUGAUUACCCUAAUAUUGUUAAACCUAUAAAAAUACAAACAUAUUUGAAACCACAGAACUUUGAAGUGCCUAAAGCGCACGAUGUUGGGCUAUCCAUGAGACGAGGCAGUCCCCCCAGCGCUCUUCUAGUGCCAGUGGUCCCCAGACAUAUCCCUGGGGGCUUGCCUUGGGGUGGCCUAUUGGAAAAGUUGGUUAAGAUACUACCCCUUCACACCCACUCAAUUAUUGGCCCCAGAGCAAAGCGUUUUAUUCAGUUACCUUCAGACAUGAUAUAAGACACUAAAAGCAAAAGAAAACGAUUUUAUUCAAUCUUAACGUUUUAAAGAAAUCAACCAAGCCCAGCCCAGCCCAAGCCCAAGCCCAAGCCAAUCUGGUAUUCAAAUAUAUCUACUAUAUUCUCUUUUAUUUGGUUGACACAACACCGAGUGGCAGCGGUAGAGGGAGUCGUCGGUAUUACUUGCCAAUUGUUCAGCACACGAAAUCCGAAAUGUGGCAGUCAGUAACCUAUCAAUAAGUACUUAUAUAGACACACAACUAUGAAUGCAGGCUAAACGAGAAACUAGCUAAUGCUAUAGAUGCAGAUCAUAUUUCAAUAUAGUGACUAACAAUUGAGUAAACAAAACAAGCUUCAAAGGGAAAAUUUUGUUAUUUAUAUUUAUAAAUAAAUUAUAUAUAAAUAUAUAUAAACAUAUAUAUAUAUAUACAGAUAAAUUAAUGCAUUUGAAUUUAAUGUGUAAAAAUUAUUAUAAUAAAAGUAUAGAUAUAAAAUAUGUAAAGAUACGAGAGACCCAAAAUAAAAGUUGAAAAUUUGAGUUGAAAAAUCCUCAAUAAUGCUCUUUUCUUAAGAAAACUUGCAGUUGAAAAACAAGCGAAAUAAAACCUAGUAAUUCAUUAGUUGAGAGCAAGCAAAUAACAUUCAAGAGUAUUAUUUCUCCCUCAAAUAGUUUAUAGUCGAACAAAAAUAUUAAACAUUGAAUAAAUUAUCAUUGAUUAAUGCUUAAACACGUUGAAAAAUAAAUAACAAUGCAUAUAAAUAAAAUACAAUUGUUUAGCUCAAUUUAAGGCGCGCCAACAAGUUUUCUUUUCCGAACAUUUUUAGUUCGAAUCAAACUUCUUUAGGAUUUUUUCUAUACAACUCUCACCUUGCUGUUCCACUAACGAGACACAAAACUUCCUUGAACGUUACUAAAAACAAAAUGCCAAAACAAUAACAUUCUGAAUUGGACUUGAAAGAUCAAGAAACUAAAAACGCAAUUAACAAAUUACAAAUAACAAAUGAAAAGUAAAUGCAAUUAUAAACAAUAAGCAGUUCAAAACCUUUGAAACAAAUAUAUACACAUAUAUAUUUAUAUAUUUCACUAGACAAAUUUUUAUGCAUAAACUUAAAACAAAACAAAUUCUAUAUUAUCAAUGUUUUUGCUCUAAAUGUCUAACUAAUUGUUAUUAAAACCAAAAAUCGAAUUAUUUUCUGCAGACAAACGUUAUAUGAUAAUGCUAUGAAUGUGUAAUUAUUUGUUAGCAGAGACGAAAUAUAUUAAAAUCAAGCGGAUGAAACGGAAAAGUAAAAGUUAUGACAUUAAACUGUAUAUUGUACAUUUACUUUUAAACAAAUGAAAUGUAUUUACACGAAACGGCAUGGAAUAUGAUAAACUAAAGAAAUUUUAAAAUUUAUAUUUACUUUGUGCGUUUUUAAACAUGUUGGCGACACAAUGACAGGCAAAUUAGUGCAUAAACCGAACUAAUAAUAACAAUAAAUAUUAAUAAUUAAUGAUAAAUGAUAAAUAAUGUAAAGAUGUUGACAACAUAUGUAUUUUACAAGGCAGAAUAACCCAACUCCCAGACCCGAUCCUCACCGAUUCCCAAAAGAUAUAUCAAGUCCCUGCAUUGAACCUCUUACACAUUUUUUAUUGUCUGCAAACAGUUUAUUAUUAAACCGAACAUAACGAAAAACAAUUAAAUUAAUGUUUAUGAGCAAAGUUUGUUGGGCAGCAUUCCAUUAAUAUAACAUUGCAAAAUGAAAUAAAAUAUAUGUAUAUGUACUAAUUAAAGUAUAUCACCCCCGAAACGGAAAACCAAAGAUAUAAUUUAGUUGUUUAAUGAUUGAUAAUAUUUAGACACGUGAGGAUGCCCCGUAGCACCCUCCGAAUGCAAAAAUAGUCAGCAGAAAGCAGAGACACUCCUUGAAAUGCCAUAGAACAUUUUCCACUCCAAUGUAAAACCAAGCGCAGAACGCGGAGUUUCUCUGACGAGAGCACCCUGAAAACUGAGCACAGCAAACGGAAAAUAAAUAAAACAUUUUGUGUAAAGUUUGAUGACAGACCGAAGACAUUAGCAUGAACACAUACGAGUAUAUACAUAAUAAAUAUAUAUGAGAACAAUUUAACGAGAUUAAAAUCAACUAAAGUAAUAAAGGGAAAGUGUAUAACUAUUAAAACUAAA